AGGAAACGUUUCCAUUACCAAUCCACAAAGUAGAGCAGGACAAGAAAAGGUAGUCUCUUACUUUCCAUUCCUCAUGCGUAGCCUACAAUUAAGGGAGCCACAAUAAUUAUGUUAUUCAUAUGACUAGGAUAUUCCUUGUUUCAACCAGUGAAUAAGUUUGGCAAAUGCAGUGACGUUUUCGUUUCGAGUAAAAUUUGACCGAGAGGUCACUUUGUUAUGAAGAGCUUGUAAUCAUCCGAACAAAAAAAUUCAGUGCUGCUAUUUGGGCUUUUUGCUUAAUACAGUUAUAACUGCAUGAGUAGUAGGAAAAGAAUUGAAGAAUUAUCUCUUCUCACUCUUCUAAGUCAAGCUGCCGGCGUUAGAUGCUCUGCUAAUCUAAGUUGACCUCUCCUGUGUGAGUGAGUGCGAUUAGGAAAUAAUAUUCGAGAGUAUCACUUGCUUUUUUCUUUAUCCAGAAUUAUCAAAUUCAGCCUGUUUAAUAAACGCAGCGAAUCCAAAAUUUAAGAAUUUUGAAAACUGUGUGGGUGACUACAUAGAAAACUUCUCUAAAGCUAGACUAUGGACAUAAAUGUACUUCCUCAUAUGAAUGAUUCGCUUUAUUCCUCUGUAAAAACCUGACGGGAAAGCCUAAAUUUCCUUCUCGCCUGCAAGCUUAUAUACUCCGUGGACCAAAGGACUUGAUUAAUUCCUUGAAAUGUCCAACUCAAUUUGUUAUGUAAAAUCGACCAACAUUGAGAGCUUGGCGUUACUAACUGAAUUAGCCUUACUGUUCGCCUCAAUGAUUUUGUUUUUCUUGCAUACGCUGGCUUCUUGGUAGUGUGCAUUGUGACAUGCAAAAUGUUCAGAGAGAUGUUUAUGAGUCUCACCUGUAAAUUGAACGCACAAGUUAUGUGGUCAUUGCAAGCUUUCAUGGCAAAAUAAAUAAACUGUCGUGCAAAUUUAACGAAAGGUGAGUUAUUCCCAAUCUGCCUCCAUUUUUCGUAAUCACGGUGAGACGAAAUUGAGGUCGAUCAAAAAACGGAGAGAAGAAUUAUGUUAUUAUUCAAUAAAGGAUUUAUUACAUGGCCAAAAAGUUACACAAACUUGACAUUUCGAUUUUGAGAGAAAAACUUAAAGCGGGAAUCUAGGUCACAGAGUCAGGCACAAGGUAUCCUGUUUAAAUUUUGUUAAACAGAAGCAUACAAGGACAACUUUUGAAAGGCAAAAUUUAGCUGAACGCUUAAAAGUGUCGGUAAGUUCAAAAGCGUAAUCGAAGGCGGUAGGACAUUAUCGUUUUAAGCCUGUUAAUUAUCAAAAAACAACAGGAACCUUUGCAAACAGUUAUGCAUAUAAAGAUAUCGUUCCUGUAGAAAAGCAAAAGCAAUAUAAUUUAUUUAGUAUGAUUGGAAAUUUUACUCUAGAAGAUCGAUGAACUAUGAAGUAGUUUUCAGUUGCUGCUAUUCCUUACAUUCAUCGAGCUAUAUUCCUAAUCGAUUUACAUCGCGUUUUUAAAAAGAAUUAUCUGUAUCUCUUAUGGUUCGAAAUGGCCUUUCGAAAUUUGCAUUAAGUAUCUAUCUGAUAAACUUGAUAAAAGGGGAAAAGUUCUUCGAGAUCAUGCAGUUAUCAUUAUCAUCAUCAACUCACUCAACCUAGCAUGGUUGUCUGAGGACAACCCCUUGUAUUGUGAUAUCCUCGCACUGUUACAUUGAGAACUGCCAUACUAGCGGAGUUCCCUGCAAAAAAAACAUAAGAAAUCUAAUUGAAAUUUCUUACAUUGCACUGACCAGAAAGACUUAGAAACAUCCAUGCAGGAUGGAUUUUGGAUUCAUGAUGUGCAGUUUAAAUUUUUUCAACCCUCUAACUCCCAUAAGUGACCGAGACAGAAUUUCUCCUUACGAUAUCAAUACAAUAUCAACCAGACAAGUGAUGAGAAUAAGGAAAAAUAUCAGUCAGAGGAUUAUUAGUUGAUCAAAUACCAAAUUAUCAAAACUGACAUCACAAGAACUGUAUGGCAGACAAUAAGGAGAAUUACGAAUGAGAUCUUGGGAGUGAAAGGGUUAAGACUUUAACAAUAGUCUGUGUUAUUAGGGUUCACCUGCAGAUUUGAAAGCUACAUGUAUACUUUAAGAGCACAAUGUUAAAUAGACAAGAGUAACAUAGCGUCUGUAUUGAGAUCUAAACUGAACUGAAAAAAUAACAUCUGAAUUUGGAAGCAAUGUUGAUUUUCACCACAUUACAAAAAGUGCUGAAUGACGGUAUUUGUUAUUCGGAAACCAAUCUAUAUCGAGUUCAUACUAAUAUUGCGAGAAAGCCGAAGACUAUUCGAAAACCUUGCCGCUGUUGGUCGCUGAUGCCAACCAUUUACGUUGAUCGUUCUUCGCUGCGCCUCUUCGGUCCAACGAUGGACUUAAAAGGGAUGGAUGAGACGAACCAUGAGCACAAAAGGCUUCAAAACUCUACAAACAGCAAGAGUAAUAUGCUACUUGUCAAACGUCCUAUUUUGGUAUCAGGACGUGUGCGUGUCUCACUGAGAGCUCCGGGAAAACAUCAGAAACCAAACAUUUUCAGCUGAGGAAUAAGCCACAAAGUGGUAUGUUGUCAUCCAAAAUAUGAAGCUCUUGAACAGCUUCUCCUCACUCAUCCUACUUAAAAAACUGUUACAUAUUGCCUGAAUCUUAAAUAUUUCAAGAUUAAGUAACGAAACUAUCCAAAUCGUUAAAGAUUCCAAAUUUCGUGGAAGAUAACGAAUUACUCAUUCGUUCGCCAUACACUAAUUACGUGCGUAGCGUCAUACUGACAGUAAUUUCUCAACCAAUGUUUAACUUGGAGACGCUCCCUCCCUCCCUCCCGAUUCUUGUCUUCAAGUAUAUUUCCUCUUGUUUUGCAGCUGAUUCACCAUAUUUUGAGGUCUUAAAGAUUUUAUUUGAUCUGACUUUUGAAAGCAUCUUAAUUAUUUCUUCAAGUUGAUUCGUGUAUCUGUUAAGCUGCCACUUGGCUUUAUUUUAUACAUAUUAGGCCGCUGAUUUACCAUGUUUUGAGGUUUAAAGAAUUAAUUUGAUUUCACCAUUGUGAGGUAUUUUAUUUCUUGUCCCAAAGGAUAACUGAAGUCCAAAUUCAUGUAAUUUUUUCCCUGUAGAUCGUACAUUUAUGUAUGAUGGAACAAAUUUCCGUCAUGUUUUGUUCCUCGAACGACAGUAUAUUUCGUGUAUAAUUUUAGCUACCAUUAGGCAAGAUUUUAGACAAAUUUGGUAGAUGAUUAUGAGGUUUGAGGUUUUACAGAUUUCUUGUGAUUGACCUUUCUUUUUGUCCCGCAACUACAUUGUGAGCUACUUCGCUCCUUGAGCGUGAAUCUUAUUAAUCGCAGUUUUAACGUGCGGUCAGUUUUUAUUUUUUGCCAGGUCACAGAUUGAGUUUUCUGUAUCAAUUUGCUCAUCAUUCCCCGACAGUUUUGUCACGUUUGGCUGUAGAUAUAUCUGACUUUUUUGGUAAAAACUGCGUUAAAAGCUCAUCUUGCGUCUGUUGAUAUCACGUAUAUGAUUCAUUUUUAGCUCCAAGUUUUAGUGCACUGGCUAACGCUCUUGGAGUUAAUAAUUACAUAGUUACUAUAGAGGGCACGGUACCGCUACUGGAGGGAGAUGGCAAAAGUAUAAAUUCUCACCACUAUUGAAUAAUUUAGACAUACCAUGAGGUAGCUCCAAGGAGCCUUUGAUUAGUCCUCCUGGUAUCAUUUCAGUUGGUUCAACAAGGAAGCACAUAAACUUAUACAUGUAACUCUCUGAGUUUUGAGGAUGUUUUAGUGGAAGUAAUAGAGCUGCCUAGAUACCAAAGAUGCUGGGAACUUCUUUGAAAUUUCAAGAAUUCUUAAAUAUCCUUUUCCAUGCAUGAACAAAUGAGAACUGCCGCCUUAAAACCAAAUGAGACAAUUUCAAUGAUAGUCUUUAAUAUCUAUUUUCAGACGCAAACGUUAUUCCUUUGUUACAACAUAAAAGGUGAAGUAUUAAUUGAAAUAGACCCUCGCCAGUCAUGGAGGGAAAGUGGAGAAAGUUUUCACUACUAAUCGAGGACGUGAAAAAGUUAACAAAACCGCUACAAGAAGAUACAGAAAAAGUUGCUAAAAUUUUGAAGGAUUACGAAGAGAUACUAAAAACUGAGGGAGCAAAGCCUGAGGAAUGUGGUGAAUUGAGCCAAUUAUCCCAAAGCCUCAACAAAGUAAUGGAUAAUUUGAAGAAUGUUCGGGAAAAGGAAACCUCGAAAGAUAUAGUCAUUCAAUUUGUUGGAGCAACCAGUAGUGGCAAAUCAUCCCUUAUAAACGCCCUACUCGGCGAACGUCGUCUACCUGUUGGAUUCAUGCAAACAACCAUGUGUUCCAUUAAAGUUUGCAUCACUGAAGACAGCGAGUGGAGCAUUGAAAAAAUUGACAACAAUGGAAACAAAGAGCCUCUCACAGAGGGAAGUGACGAAAAGAGUGUAAGCGAUCUCUUGAGUAAAAUGAGUGGUCAAAGAAAUGAACAGGAACGGGAAAAGAAGGGAAUUGGUCUAAGGACCAUAAUACAGAUCAAUUGGCCUGCCAGCAAAUGCAAAAAGUUACCACGAAACGUUAUCUUGUGUGACACACCCGGCUUUGGAGAGAAUGAUGAAGACAUGGAGCUUGUCACCCAGACGUGCAAAAAAGCAGACAUAAUUGUAGCCGUAAUGGAUUCCAUGUCACCGUCAAGAGGGAGAGUGAGUAAAAUGCACAUGUUUCCUCUGUUAACAGAAUCUAUUGUUUCAAUCAGGUUGAUGGCAAUGUGACCAAAUAUUAAAACUCCGCUCCAUGGAAACUGCUAAUUACUGACACCCUCUAUCCCAGCGUAGACAAUGCUUAUCCGGGAAAUGUCUGUCAGAACUGUCUCAAUUAUGAUCGAAUCAUAGACAGUAAAAUCUGUUCCCCUUUCAAACUAGGAAUACUUUCUACGACUUACGAUUUUAUCACCGGAAAAAUUAAGAAAAUAGUAUAACGAGUCGAUUUUUAUGUUUGUCACCGGGUGUUCUUGCCGCGUAGGCUUUAAAUGUGGACUUCUGUCCGCUAGGCCUACAAAUAGAUUUCAUUUCCUUCCUUUUCCGUCACUUUGUUUCAUCUUUAGUCCUCCCCGCCAUGCCGCAAAAUGAAAGCUUCAAUAUAAUGUAAGUUCGUGUUUCAUUAAUAAGUCAAAAAAGAAUAACUUUAUAAACUUGAAAUACUUGCAGAUAAUAUAUGAUUAUGAGAUGGCACCUAGCUCUAUAAUCUUAGAACACAAUAAACAGCACUCUUUGACGAGGUGGGUUCUGUGGUACACGAGAAACUUCGUCUCCCCCUUUUUAAGCAACGUUAUUUUGGUACAUAUGGAAACACGCCACACUGGUAUUUAGAAACAACCUGACACGCCCUCAAAUACCAAACAAGACAGCAGUGAUCCUCUUUAGGAAAAUAUUGUCUAUGGCCCUUCAUAUUUCUCACAUUUCGAUGUCUAUUUUUCUAAUUUUAAAACUGUUUUUAAUAUUGAUGUUCCCGUAGCUCAUUAACCUGGUGAAAAAUGUUGGCUGCCAAUUUACUUUUGGAAUCUUCACCAAAUGGGACGAAUGCAUAAGAAAAGCGCGGGAAGAAGGACAACAGAGCAUCCGAAAUGUGGUAAAAACGGCCAAUGAUUAUAUGAAGGAGUUCUGUGAAGUGCUUCAAGGGAAAGGCAAAGCUUACUUCGUGAACGUCAAAAACUUUGAAAAUCAUGAUGUAAGUACUAAGUCCAUGCAUGCUGAUUCUUGCUUAAAUUUCAAAUUUAAGUGUAAUGCAAUCAUUUCAGCAAGAAAGUUCGAACAUGGAGAGGCAAGACACACCUAUCAAAACUUCGAAACAUUCUUACCUCUGAUGACAUUCUUGUGUUCAUUCUUUUCUGAAUUUUCCUUAUUUGCACUACAAGUUGGUAACAAAAUAGCCACGAACAGAAAACGAAAUACAAGUAAGAACGAGUACGUUCUCCAAUGCCGGAGAUAAGCAAGGAUGGUAAGCUGUUAUCAUUCUUCAAUGAAAUUCUAAAAGGAAGGCGUAUUCCUUUCUUCCUCUUAUUUUCAGGAUACAUUUCUUCAGUUCGAGAACAAACUGGCCACGAGUGCAACAAAAUUGAAGAUAGAGUCAUUAACACAGCAGGCAAAAUCUGUAGCUUUGCAUUCCAGGAAGGUCUGCGAAAAGCUGAAAACUGUCAUUGAAUCCAGAAAGAGAGAAAAGCUAACUUGUCUGGAAACAGAGUUAGCUUUGAUGGUAGAAGACGGCGUGAAGCUAUAGGACGCUUUUGAUGACAUUAAGAGUAAGGAGGAAGACCUAGAAAUUUUAACCGACGACACAGUCCAACCGUUAUUAAAGGAGGUUGAAGACGAAUUGUUGAAAGGCACAUCAGAAGAAGAGGCUGUCAAACAUUUUCUCGACGAAAUCAAUAAAGAGAUCCAAAAAAAUCUGACACGCAAAAGACAUAUAACUGGUACUGCCCUCCAAGAAUGGAAGAAAAACAUGCAAUUCCACAAGUUACAGUCUCUCAGUACGCCUCCGUCUCAAGCACUUCCUCAGCUUACAAGUCAGGGAUUACCUGAAGACCAAUACCAGUGGUAUCGCGACUUUAAUUACUACUACACGAACAACUACAUCUGUGCAGCCUUGGUUGGUGUCGCAGCCGUCGCAACUCCUGUAUUUUUAGCUGGUGCUGGUGUAGGUAUGUGAGUCAGAAUCAAACAUUUCCAGUUAUGUGUCCAGUCCUUUUCAGUUACCUUGAACCUCAGAUUCACUUUAACAUAGGCCGCCCCGGGGACGAACUUUUUCCAGUGAAUUUGCCUUUUAUCUCACGAAAUUAGGGCGUGUUUCUGGAUUUAGACUCUUCUAAAUUUGGGCUCUAUUCCAGGAUAUCGAUUUACAUGCUCUAGAUUUAAGUGAGUAAAUCUUUCCUAUUUCACUUCGGAUAUCUCCAGCUUAGCGAGUGUCCCUAUGUGCGGACUCUUAUCAGUUUAUCACCGUAAUUUUGCUUCGCAUUGGGAAAUUACAGUGUAAUAUGCUGUGUAUGAAAUAAUAUGUGAAAAGGAUGCCUUUUUAUUAACCGCUUUAAAAGCCACCCCAUUAUUUUACAUCAGCUUAUGUAAGGGAUAAAAAACAAGGAUGUCUAUAAAAAUGCCUCAUUCUCAGUUAUGGUUUGAGUUUAUAGCCGAAGCAUCUUGUUUUACGUUAUCACACAUGAUUAAGACAUUCUCGCUUUGGUUUCUUAGGGGCACUCGCAGGCUGUGCUGGAGAGGCGGUCGCACAAGGAGUGAUGACAGGUGGAGCAUGGGCAACUACCUUAGGAGGUCCUGUUGGAGCUGUCGGAGGAUAUAUUGGAGAAUGGUUUCGUGGCUUUCGUUUGGGAGACCAGUUGAAGAGAAAAUUCCCGAUAAGCCAAUACAAAAUAGAUUGCUGGAAAAGUCUCCUCGCAAAUCAAAUAAGAAAGCUCCGCCAAGACUGCAAGAAGCUUUUAAGGGAGGAAAAGGACGCUGCUCUUGCGAAUAUCUUAAAGAAAUUGGAGAGCGUCGCACUUGAGAAGUCAGACGAGAUCGCAGGGCUUUGUAACAAGUCACACAUCUUGAACCAGCUAGCUGCACAACUGGGAAACAUUUGUGACCGAGUACAGACAACAACAGAAGAGUUCGACAUGCUGCUGGCUGCGUAAGUAUUUUCUCUUCGCAUAACUCUUAUAAAGAGAAACAUGGAAAUUAUCAUUAGGUUUUGCGGAUAUGAGGGCUUUAUAUCUGCCAACUUAAACAGUUUGAUUAAAAAUAUUCAAAUACAAAUUUCACGGUUUUUGUUCUUAAUCAAAGGAAAAGCCAAGCAUAUGAAGUAAAUUGAAACAUUAUGAACUAUAGGCGAUUAGACACUGUGGAACUAUGGGAAAAAGGCAACGAAUUGCUCCUAAAUGACAAAAUUAAGAUAAUUGCCUACGCGUUUUACUUUUCUGAAUGUACUAUUUUAUGAUAAUUUUCACAGUAUCUAUAAGCUUCUAAAAAGCAAUUCUUUUUCUGAUUGCCAGCUAAGCCUUUCGAUCGUAUUGUAUACGAUUUUAAACUUUAACGCAAAUUCUACUUACAAUAAUGUUCGCGCUGAUAGAAUACACUAAACAUGACAAGCUGAAGAAACAUAGGAAUACACAAAACACAAAUUUCAAAUGCACGGGCUUAAGACGAUCCCUGCAUGCAGCCUUGACCAUGUUGAACAUGUAUUUCAGUCUCAGUUGGUUAUUUAAAUAUUAUUUUCAUUUCUAGUUUGCCGAAGGCCCAAGAUAAUAUGGUCGGUGAAAUUGAUCCGGAGAUAUAUAUCUCUCAAGCAGGUAUAUUUUAAGAUUAUUAUUUUUUUUGUUUUAAAGGGUCUUUCAAAAAUAUCAUAGCACGGCUCUGUAUUGAUCGGUGGGUGAUUGAUCCAUCUGUUGUCGUAUGGCAACCGGAACAAUAUUUCAGCAUGUAAACGUUUUAUACAGUAAUCUCAGAGGAAUGCUUGUCGCGGGUAUGCGGGCAUGACUCAAUUAUUGCUGUGGAAAAUUGAAGAAGAUAUUAUGUUAAAAACUAUCUUUUCUUUUUUCUUUUAGAUAGUACGAUGCACUCUGAACGAUCUGGCUAAUGACGUAAUUCAACACAGGGAGCUGUUCAGUGCUACUCCGUGUCGGCAUGGAUUGGAUUUUUUCUGUAAAAUCUCAAUGUAUGGAUACCAUCCUUUGAUCACAGGAGUACUUGGGCCCUUUACUCGUGGGGUUGAGGGGGCGGCGAAGAGAACUGAAACCUUGCCUCCCUAAGAUAAUGAACAUUUUUUUAAAAUAUUGAGUUCAUACGAAGGCGCGAAAAUUGUAAAACAAAAGGUGCAUUGAGACAAUUUUGCACAAUCCCACUGUAUAGAAAAAUAUUUCACUGGAGGCCACGUUGCUGGUACUUUCAAAUCCACAAAAUCAGCUUUUUUUUGUUUUUCAAAAGGUAAGUUAGCUUUUGGGUUUACCACUGUAAUACUUGGAUUCGUCAUAAGUGUUAGUAUAGGUUUUGACAUUUUAGAAUUUGACUUCUGUUUUUUCGUGAGAGGUUUAUACCCCUUUCAUACCAGCAAACCAAGUUUAAUUAAAUCGGUUUAAACAGCAUGAAAAGCAGAAAGAGGAAAUUGAAACCUGAAUUUUACAUUAGAUUCAAGUAGUCGCUAACUUGUAUUUACAAAGCGGAAACUUUGAAGUUGACAAACAUCGGCUCACUUUCCAAAAGUUUUCCCUAUCUGUAACGAUAAGUACAAUAAAAAA